UGCAGCUGCUUGUCAACAAAAUGGCCUUCCUCAAUUGCUUUUCGAGGACCUACUGACUACUUCUGUUUUGGUAAAACAGUACUGAUAUCUGGUUGAACAAUAGAGGCGAGCAUUCUUUUUUUUUUUAAAACACAGCAUUUGUCAAUUCAUUGCUGUGUUCAUAAAAGACAGACACUGUUGGUCUGUCCACAUGAAUGUUAUGGUUUUUGGUUUUAUUCUCGAGUUAGCUUAACAGGAGCUAACAGUCUACCUGCAAACCCCCAUCGACCUCAGCUUUCAUCGGUGUGAUUGUUUUUAAAACCCCGCAGUGAAAUUUGAACAACUGCUGGUUGAAAUUCAACAGAGUAACCCCUUUUUUGGUUACAAAAGUAACGCUGUCAAAAUGAGAACAAG